AGUAAACACUGUGAGGAUGCACAGAAACAUGUAAAAGCCUACGUGUUUUCAUGAAGAACAACGUCAGAAAUAACUGGAAUAACAUUGUGUUUCGAUUUUGAAAUUGUCAUAGACUUAAAUACGGCUUUUGUUCUCCUGAACUCUCAUUUCACUCGCUGAGAAGACGACACUCUGCGUUGCACUCAGGACAUCUAACUAUUAAACUGUUACGGUUUAAAGGGAUCAUCUACAAUUCCAUAGGAAAUCCUAUUAGAAGAUCCUACUAUGAAUAAACCAAAGACAUUAAAUGAAUUGAGGCAUCUGGAGGAGUCUGGAUUUGGUCAACGUUAUCCAAGACACGGCCUCAAGCUGCUUUACUGGUUUGCUAAUGACUGUGUGUAUUUUGAUGCCUACAAUAACAUGCGCUGGCAGUACGACCCAGAGGAAGGAGAUUUCGGAUUUCACCUGUUUAAAAACAGGCCUGACAAUUACGAUGAGAAACUCCUGCCUGAUGUGGACCUUGACUACUACGAGGUGGGCAAUCUGAGCAGACCAGAAGCAGACGACCUGCCAGAUUACGUUCUGGAAGAUUACAACCAAGACCCUGAUGACUGUGAGAGCAACAUGGAGCGCAUCAUAUUCAGUGUUGAUGAUGAGUGUAUUGACAGAGUCUAUGUGACUGAGCACAGUGAUCAGGCAGAUUUCAACAAGGAAGAGACCUUCGGCAUCAGCAGGGGUCUGAUUAUGAUUAUCAGGAAGCUGACUUUGGAUGACUUCCUCGAAAAAACUGGGUAUUCUCUGCAAGAAGACUCUGAUGAAAGUUCUACGGAUGAUGAUGACGACGAUGACGACGAUGAUGACGACGAUGAUGACGACGAUGAUGACGACGACGACGACGAUGACGACGAUGACUACGAUGACUAUUGGUGGUGACUAUGUGUAACAACAAUGAUAAUGAAUGAUGACGUCACUGACUUUAACGAUGAUAAUGAAGACAAUGUCCAUAAUGAUUGUUAUUAUUAUAUUUAAGUUAUGAUAAGUAGUUACGAUUUUGAGAGAAGUGAGUAAGACCAUGUUAAAAUAUAAUAACAGAUGAAUAAAUAACCUAAUAUGACAUAA